GGGCAUCCACUUUUUCUCAGUUUCGGGCAUAUUUUCGUUGUUUCCUUUGUGUUACGACAAACUUGGCCAUCGAAUGCUCCAUUUGGUGUCGUUUUAGUUAUAUCUUCGACAGCUUGGAUUCUUGGUAGUAAUUACGAGACAAAGGGGGCUCCACUACAUGGAGAUUGUCGCCUCCUGUAUCCGUGAACUCGAGGUUCUUCAAAAUGAGGUCGUCAUCCCACAUCUGUCAAAUGCUUCCCCAGAGUCGAUUUCCCUAACUUCAUUAGAACACUAAUAUAAUACGAGCUACUUUUUUCAACAACAAAAGUAGUUGGAUGUAUCUGUGUUUACCUAACGGUCUCUCAUUCUCUCCUCUUUUGCUCAUCCCAACUUCCUUCUCCUUAUCCUCUGUAGAAACCACAAAUUUAGACUGCUGGCUCAGUUCAAUAUAGCCAAAAUGGUUCCUCCGAAUGCUCCAAAUGAAAACACCCUUGGAAGAGAUUUUGAAGAAGUCGAUGUCGAAGUUGGCCAUAAGGAACUUCCAGAGAAGGAAGAACCUAUUCAGAACCUCACUUUCUCCGAGCGCUUAAGACAUUUCACUUAUGCCUGGUUCGCAUGUACAAUGUCUACAGGAGGAGUAGCUUUUACUCUCUCUGUCCUUCCUAUCGAAUCGGACGCAAUCCUCACACUAGGAAAAGCUAUGCUUGUUAUCAACAUAAUGGUCUUUUUAACCAUCAUCGCACUCCUGAUCGCUCGGUUUUCAAUGUACCCCGGCACAUUUACACAUUCACUUACGAACCCACACGAAGGAUUCUUUUUCGCUACAGGAUUUCUCACCAUGGCGACAAUGAUGACGAACGCUACUGCAUAUGGUAUCCCAAACACUGGCCCUUGGCUCAUCGGUGCCCUACGAUUCGCUUUCUGGUUAUAUACUAUUGGAGCCACACUCCUCGCCAUCGUUUACUACCAUGUCCUCUUUACUGUCAAGAAACUUGUCAUCACCAACGUCCUACCAGGUUGGGUUCUUCCCAUCUUCCCUGCCAUGUUGGUCGGUACUCUCGCAUCCGCCAUUGCCAAGACGCAACCUGUAGAAUCUGCAGCACAAAUGUUGGUGGCUGGUCUUACAUUCCAAGGUCUUGGAAUGAUGUUGGCUAUCAUGAUGUAUGGGAUUUAUUUCGGUCGACUCCUCACUUCUGGACUUCCUGCCGAUGCAUCUCGGCCUGCCAUGUUUAUCGCAGUUGGACCUCCGUCUUUCACGGCCCUUGCACUCAUUGGUAUGGCCCAAGAUGCGACAACCACAAAGGUCUUCACCGAAUACUACAACCUUCCAGGCAUUACCAAUCCAGCUGCAAUUCCUGAUAUGUUACAACUUGGCGCACUUUUGUCUGCAAUCUUCCUCUGGGCUCUCGCAUUUUGGUUCUUCGCCAUCGCAACCUUUGCAGCAAUUGAAGCAUUUUCGAGAAAUGACUUCCAUCUGAACUGGUAUGCCUACGUAUUCCCAAAUGUGGGAUUCACUAUUGCAACUAUAAAGAUUGGAGAAAGAUUAAACAGCCCUCCAAUACUAGGUGUCGGAACUGCAAUGGGAAUUGUGCUAUUCCUGUUAUGGAUGUUGAUCGUAUUUGCUCAUAUCAAAGCUUUCUCAAAGAAGAUGAUAAUGUGGCCUGGGAAGGACGAGGAUGCGCACUGAAUAAAUUCAAUUCAAUUUUUGGACGCAGUGAUGGGUUAGCGAUAAGGUGUACAUUCAUUCUUUUAAAAAAUACCGACCGCGGGACAUUAAUUGACCCAAGGUUUAAUGAGCAUAGCAUAGCGGGCAUGGGAUCAAUAAUUAGAUAUACAGGUCAUGGACCAAAAUUAGAUUGGAUCGGUAUAAAACUGGACGGGUGGAGUUUACAUGUAAAUAUUACAGAUUUCUUUCAUUCAAUACACACAUACCACAGGGUCCCUCACCACAAAAUGCUUCGGGAAUUUCAAUCAUGUGAUAAGUAAUUAAUUUAUAGAUUUUGGCUGGACCA